CUGCGCUCGGUGUGCUACAACAACUGCAGUCUGUGGCUGCGCCAGGCGGGCCGGUCUCUCCUGUACGAGUUCCCCGCGCUGGGAGCGGGGCUGGCCCUGGGCACCGGGCCCGGCUUCACCCCCAAGGGGCUGCGCUACAGCCACCGCUUCCAGCUCAGCCCCUGCGGCCACCAGGGCAGGAAGAAGGCCUCGUGUGCCGACUCGGUGCCGCAGGGCCGGGGGGGAGUCCCCGCCCGCCGGGUGACGUCGUUCGUGUGCCAGGCCAUCGUCGUGCCCCCCGACAGCAGCGGCGCCCGCGCAGCCCUGUCCUCACAGCCCGUCAGCCUGGGGGACACCCUGCUGGGUGUCACCACCAGCGCGGUGCUGGAUGGCAUCGUGUCCCCCCCGGAGCUGUUCCCUGGCAGCCACCCCGACCUGCCCGACGUCAUCUUCUUCUUCAGGUCCAACGAUGUCACCCAGCCCUGCACGGGUGGCAGGGCCACCACCCUGCGCCUGCGCUGUGACCCCCUGAGCCCCGGCAGUGGCACCCUGGCUGUCCCCAGCAAAUGCCCCGAGGGCACCUGUGACGGCUGCACCUUCCACCUGCUCUGGGUGUCCCCGCAGGGCUGUCCCCGCUGCGGCCCCUCCCACUACCGGGCCAUCCCCGGCGCCUGCAUCGGCGGCGUCCAGUCCUCCCCGUAA